AUGGCCAACAAUCCCACAUUCAAACCAUCGCCGUUAUCCUUUGGGUCGCCGAGGGCAUCCCCGUUCCGGCGCCCAUCCACUCCAAAUUCCCCGCCUUCGGCCAGUCGCACAGGAGGCACCCCGGGGAGCUCUCCCAGUCGGGCAUAUACACCUAUGGUAUCUCCUAGCAAGCUCAAUCAAUCAUAUACAGUGGAGGAUGGUGAAUCGCGUUCUCCGAAGAACGAGCGGCCCAUUCCCCAGCCGAAUUUUGCCAGAGAGUUCUCUCCUUCCCCAACGAAAGGAGGAAAGUCGCCAGGCAGCUUAUCCCCAAUCCAUGGGUCAAGGACGGGUGGAGUUGCAAGCCCAGCUGGCGACGCGGCUGGGAAGCUGCCAGCGCAACAAGUGAGGGAGAUCAGAGAAGCUUUCCAGGUUCUCGAUAGGGAUAACGACGGGCUUGUGGACAAAGAUGAUGUGAUUGAUGUGCUGACAACUUUGGGCCAAGACUCGUCAUCCUCUACGCUCUCGCGCUUCUUUCCACCAGGAGCAGGCAAUACUAUGAAUUUUCCAACCUUCUUGAAUACCCUUUCUGGGCUCAUGGCAUCGAUGUCACCUUCACAAGAGCUUCUCAACGCUCUUGCUGCGUUUGAUGAUGAUGACAGCGGGCAAAUCGAUGCCACGGAAUUACGUGAUGCUCUCCUACAUACCUCCCCAGAAGAUGGAGAGGAAAGAUUGACUGAGAGACAGAUCGAUGAAGUCUUCAGUGGGUUUAUAGGGCGCCCAGCAUUUAUUGGUCGGGGAGCGAAGUCAGGCGGGAUGGGUAAGAGGGGUGAGGUUUUCCAGUAUCACGACUUCGUGCGCAGCAUCAUGGGUGGGGAUAAUGGAAAUAGUGCCAAGAAUGAAGGAGAUGCACAUGUAUGA